AUGGGAAAUGAAAUGGGAAGUGAAAUUGGGAAUGAAAAUGUAAAUUCAAAACAGUUGUCGAAAAAAAAUCGCAAAAGCAGAUAUAGACCAAUUUGGCUGUUCCUGCUUCAGGUGUUUUUCUGCGUAGUUGUUCCCGCCUUGGUGGUCGCUGUGUGUUUGUUUUACGUUAAUGUGCCACACCGUCACAGCAGCGACAGCGACAGCGAAAGCGUUUUGGGAAAAACCGAGUCUUGGCGUCUCGACACUCAGAAAAACUACACCAUCGACCUGGAUUACUGGAAAACGCAAACCCCGGGCGUGGACCGUCACUACUACCUAAACGUGUCGACGAUGUCGCAGGUCGCUCCCGACGGCAUCGAGCGCAACGUCACUGUCAUCAACGGCCAGUAUCCAGGCCCGCUGGUCGAGGCCAAUGCUGGCGACACCCUGUUUCUACACGUUCAGGCCCAAGGUGUGCCCACCACCAUCCACUGCCACGGGCUUUUCUUUAACAAAAACGAAAGUUUCAACGACGGCGCCGCUUUCAUCAACCAGUGUCCCAUCGACGCCAACGGCGGGACUUACGACUACGAAAUCCAUCUCGACGAGAACCAGAGCGGCACUUACUGGUACCAUUCGCACUAUGGCGCGCAGCAGGCAGAUGGCGUGUUUGGGCCGCUGGUCAUCCAUUCAGCGCGCGAAAGAGAAUUGAUCAACGACAGUUACGACGCAGAAGUGGUCGUGAUGGUCAACGACUACUACCACGCGAUGGCCAAUUCCUACCUGCCCGAAUAUUUGGGCCCGGACAACGAAAACACCGAGCCCACGCCGGACGACGGUCUCAUCCAGGGUACUAACGACUUCAAAUACGAUUCUGCAACUUACGUCACGCCCAAUGGCGACACCGAUCUGGUUCCCGCUAACUUCACACAAAUGCCACCUGCAGUUUUCAAUUUCGACCCUCACAAAAGAUACCGUAUUCGCGUCAUCAAUGCCGGGUUCUUCGCGCCUUUCAAUUUCGCCAUUGACCGCCAUAAAAUGAAGGUCGUAGAAGCCGAUGGGACUGUCACCGAGCCUCUAGAACUAGAAUCCAUCGAUAUGUCUGUCGCUCAGCGUUAUUCUUUCAUUUUGGAACCCCAGGACACCCGAUUGUCGGAAUACUGGAUGCGCGUCAGAUUCAACAGCUUCUGUUUUGCCCAAGAUAACGCCAACUUCAACACCUCGGUGAGCGGCGUUAUACGCUACGACCAUAAAGGCACGUCUCUUCCUUCCAGCGAAAGCUGGGAAUAUUUCGGCGACGAUGUGCGUUGUCGGGACUUCAAUCAAACGUUGCUCAGAACUUUAGAGGGUCAAGUUCCCAGGGUUCAAAAUGGGUCGACCAGGCCCGACGUCAUUGUUGAAUUGGACGUGUCUUUCAUGAUUAAAGGUAAUCAACUGGAUCGUGGGUAUUUCAAUGACAUGACUUAUACCGCUCUGGCGAACUCGUCGACCAUGAACGUGCUAGCCAAAUCUCAUCUUCAGAACUCUAUUAAAGAACUACAAACGACACAGGUUGAGACCAAAAAUGACGGCCAAUAUUUGAUAAAUUUGGAUAAACGUGGCGCUGUUGUAGAUCUCAUCAUCAACAAUUAUGAUGAUGGUGCUCACCCUUUCCACCUUCACGGACACAAAUUUUGGGUUCUUUCCAGCGCUGACCGGGGCUAUUUCAAAAAGUCAUUUUACGACAGUGACAACGGUGAGAUGGAUUUUACGAAUCCAAUCUCCAGAGACGUAUUAGGUGUUUCUGGCUUUGGCUACGCGGUUAUAAGAUUUGUUGUGGACAAUCCCGGAGUUUGGCCUUUUCAUUGUCAUAUAGGAUGGCAUAUGGAAAGUGGUUUACUGCUGCAAAUCAAUGAACUACAGUCAGAAUAUUCGUCGUGGACGCACAUUCCGUCUGCUUGGGACGAAUUAUGCCAGACGUCUGCAUAA